AUGGCCCUACUGUCUUGUGAAGGAGACUUCAUCAGAAGGGGCUACCGGGACCCAGCCUUGCAUGGAGACAGCGAAGUCUUGAACAAUCUCCUUAUAACAGAAUACAAGUAUCUUCCCUCCAGUACCUACUUCAAGGCGGUACAAGACGAAGUCAAGCCGCGCAUGAGACAAAUAGUCGCGACUUGGAUCUACGAGGUCUGCAAAGUAGAGAGGUGCGAAGAUGAAGUAUUCCCCCUAGCAAUGAACUAUUUGGACAGAUUUCUCUCUCAAGUUCGGAUAAAGAAAAAUCAAAUCCAACUGUUGGGUACAGUUUGUAUGUUCAUCGCGUCCAAGUUAAAAGAAACCACUCCACUAACGGCGGAGAACCUAGUCAGCUAUACAGACAACUCUAUCUUGCGUCAAGAACUCAUGGAGUGGGAAGUCUUGGUGCUGAUGAAACUGAAAUGGGACUUGUGGGCAAUAACUCCUUGUGACUUUCUAGAACACAUCCUAAGUAGAUUGUCUAUUGAAAGGGAAAAAAGCGAUAUGAUCGCAAAGCACGCACAGAAGUUCAUCGCUUUAUGUUGUACAGAGUUUGAGGUUGCAAUGCACCUGCCGUCGAUGAUCGCAGCGGGAAGCAUCGGUGCUGCAGUCAACGGUCUGGAUGGACUCGGGGGGAUUUGGGCGUCACCAAACGAACUGCUGGAACAGAUGCAAAAAAUCACCAACAUACACAUGGACUGCUUGCGAGCAUGCCAGAAGCAGAUAGAACAACUAAUAGCCACCAGGCUCUGCAGUCCUAUCUCUCAUCCAGACGAUGCACCAUGA